UGGUUCUUAAUGCGGCAUACCUAAACAUCACCCUAGAUUCGGCGAUCACCAGCACGAUCUGACUCAGCAACGAGCAUGUCCGUCUACCACGAUGAGUAGUAGCCUUUUGUCAGGCUCCGCCAAAAUCAAGUCUCGCAUUCAUACUCUCAGAGGAGAAUACUAUCGACACACUCAAAACAAGAAGGGACUGCCUCGCGAUCUAUCACAGAACAGCUCGACUAACCACCGCUCACGCACCCUUCCUCCGGAUCUCUUGCAAUGGGAUGACGCUCCGAAACCUGAGAAGCCAUUGGAUCAUAGGGAAGCCCUUUUCAUCGCCAAACGGGUUACUGAGGACCCACCCGACUUCUCAGCAACCCCGGGCCAGCGCGCAGACGCGCUUUCUGUCGUCAUUCCCGAAAUCUCUCCGAGCCGUCAGCGGUUGCCAAGUCUCACGACAAUGUGCAUUAAGCUGCUCGUGUCCAAAGGCGGGCUUGACGAGUUCAUCGUACAACACAUUCCCCCACACCUCGGUCGCGAAAUACUGCGCUGGACCGCUGUCCAUCUGCCCCUCACGACCUCGGAAUUGAAAGUGUUGUGCGGGCCACCUUGUAUUGCGGAUGGAGAGUUGAUCGUGGUUGGACCCGGAGCAGAUCCGACAGCUAUCGGACUCCCUGCUUUGCAGGAUGAUGCGCCCGCCGAUGAAUGGGACGCUGACGAUGGCGAGGAUUUGUCCACGAAUCCGAUGCCUCUGCACACAUUCGUUGUGUUGACGGCGCCGGUUUCUCUGUCAAUAUUGCAAAAUCUACCGUUCUCCUUGACCCAUAUCGGGCUCAUAAACAUUCCAAACCCCGUUCCGCUGCACAGGCUGCCCGCAAUUUGUCCAUCGUUAGAGGUCCUCGAUCUUUCCUAUAACUCAUGGCUGAAGGACCAAAAGGGCGCGCACGACAGAUUGGGUGCUUUGCAGUGGUCUCGGUGGCAUCAUCUGCGGGUUAUUGGGCUUAGAAGAUGUUGGAUCGGAGAUUUGAGCGCCGUAGUCAACUCCCAGCGAUGGGAUGAUGUCACGAUCAUCAGUUGAUAUUCUAACUUAUCUGCACGAAGUUGUCACUCUUGAUGCAUGGCGGCAACUUCCGGACGCAAGGCUUGCCUUACCGUUUCCACGACUUCCUGUCCACCACUUGAAAUUGAGUCGGCCUUCCUAUCAUAUCUUCGUUCUGCACCACCGGAUUGAGCGCAUUCAGCUGCUCAUUCCACACGCUCAUAUGGCGUCUCUUUGUAUCAAGUUCCCUGCAUGGCCAGGCUGGACUCUGAAUGAACUCACUCUCUCGCCCACUGGCCCUCCGACCACUACCGCUGGCGACUCUAUCAUCAUACGAGUCGAUCCCUCCAAUUCUGAUGCUGACUACAACUCCGAUACCCCCAUCUUCCGAGGAUUCUGGGAGAGCGCCAAUGCGGCAAAGAACAAGCUAUAUGGUGGGCUGCUGCAGACACUGCAGGGAAGCGUGGUCCCUCGUGCCUUUGGUCUGUGGACAGGUCUUGCCGAUGGGGAUCGACCUGUUGCCUGCCUUGUUUUAGAGUACUGGGGCGAGUGUUUAGAUCAGACAUUCGGGACUCUACAUGUUGAUCUCAAGAUCCGUAUAUUGGAGUGUCUGCGCGCUGUUCAUCGAAAAGGACUGUUACAUAACGACUUUGCGGAGAGAAACGUCUUGGUGUACGGAGGCGAUGUCCGUCUCAUUGACUUCGAUCUAGCGGAAACAGGCCAUGAUUGUACGUGCACGGGCGGUUUCAAUCCUGGCGGGGCUCCCCCCAGCAGGGAAGAUUUCGGCUGCCCGUAUCUUUGGGACAGCUGUUCGUUCCAAUUCCAAUUGUGGUCUUGAGUUUGACGUUGGCACAUGAAUUGUGUACAUAUACGAAUUUAGAUUGUACAUUCUGACACGGAGACGU